UCCUCGACGAUCUCUUUCACCGGACUUGUCGUCUCUGUUUCUUCAAGAGAAUCUGAGUGAUAAAGGAGACAAAAAGGAUGAGUGGUUUUAGAGCUUUUAAAGCAAAAGUGCCUAUUGAAUGGAGCCAGAGCUUGUACAUAACCUUAGUGAGAGGUCUCCCUGGAACCAGGAAGCUUCACAGGCGAACACUUGAAGCUAUGGGACUUCGUAGAUGCCAUCGUACGGUUUUGCACUCAAACAAUUCAUCCAUUAGAGGAAUGAUUAACCAGGUUAAAAGGAUGGUUGUUGUUGAAACAGAAGAGAUGUACAAUGCUCGUAAAGAAGCAGAAGCCAACCACAAAGCUUUGCGCCCACCACUCGUUGUCAGUCAUUCAAGCCCUGCAGGAGGCGCCUUAAGUUUAAGUUCUCGGUAAGAUGUCCAGGAAGUAACUAGUCCUAGACACUUGAUAAGAAAUGUUGGUAUCAGUGUGUUUGGUGCCUCUUAUGUUUUGUAUACACUGAAUCCUUGUGUAUGUUUGCUCUCAUUUUGUCAAUCUCAAAUCUAUUGGUUUGGUUAUUUUUUGUUGCCAGUGUUUCAAGAUUGGGAAUGGGAAGUUUAUCUGAUUUAGUCCCAGAUUGGUUAGUACAAAUGGUGAUUCUUAAGAAAGUUACCUGAUUAAU